AUGAUUUCAGUCGAGGUUGAGCAGUCUAUACUUGAUGACUUGAGAAAUCGUGUACAGCUGAGCAGUGUUGCUCUGCCAUCCGUUAGUUUUUAUACAUUUAUCAAUGCACAUAAUGGUUUAAACUGUUCAACUAUAUCCCCUGACGGGUCAUUGGUUGCUCCUGGAUUUUCAGAUUCAUCACUGAAGAUUUGGGAUAUGGCAAAGCUUGGGCAACAGGCUGUUGGUUGUAAGUCAAUCCUCUGUUUCUACUGUGUUGAGAUAUUCUUGUACAUAAAUCAAAGUUAAAAAAAAGAUAUGCACGUGUUUUACAGUGUAUAAAUUAGUCUAGGAUAUAUAGGCACACAAUUUAUGCCUU